GUGAUUUAGUAACAAAGAAUUAGCCAACUACAUGCAUAAAUCCACUAAUACAUCAUCAUCAGAAUUGCAAAAGAAAGGAGCAUUAUACUAAAAUGGAGGAAAACAUGAUCAAUGCAAUAGCCAUGUCAAAUGAUCUCAUCAAUGGAGCCUGUUCUGCAUCCAUGAAAGCUCACAAGUCCGGAAAAAAUUAUCGUCGUAUCAAAAUUCAAGGAUCAACGGAUGUUGUGUUUGCAUUUGCUGGAUCAUGGUCUGUAAAUGAAUUCUUCAAGCAAAAGUCUUUCGGAGAAGAAGAAAUUGAUCUUAAAAUGUUCCGGUCUAUGAGAAGUAUCGGCCCUGAUGAGACUGCCCUGGUGAAUGCAGCAUUCGCUGAAAAAUACAAGAGUCUCCACAAAUCACUCAAAAUUGAGGUGGACAAAGAUCUUAAGAAGGGGAGACAAAUUGUUUUUGCAGGGCACUCCUCAGGAGGCGCGGUAGCUAUCUUUGCAACCCUUUGGUUCCUGGAAAAUACUAAUCACACAGUAGGUGAACGAAUUCCGUUUCAUUGUCUAACUUUUGGAUCUCCGCUUGCUGGUGACAAGAUUUUUGGACAUGCUAUCAGACGAGAGGACUGGUCAAGAUACUUCACACAUUUUGUAAUGAAGCAUGACAUUGUCCCGCGAAUAAUGCUUGCUCCUGUCACGCGUAUUGAAGGAGAAUUGCAGAAAGCUCUCAAUUUCUUCAAGAAUUACAGAACUGCAAGUUCUCAAAAUCAGUUACUGCAACCUCAGGUUCUUUAUAAGGAAGUCAUGAGAAAUGCUUCAUCUGUUGCAAGCUGUUCUGCAAGCGGCCUCAUGGGAUGCCCAAACACGCUAUUAGAAUCUUUAUCUACUUAUGUUGAAUCAAGCCCUUACAGGCCCUUCGGAAAAUAUGUAUUUUGCACAGGGAAUGGGAAAUUGGUGGUUGUUGAAAAUUCAGACGCGGUCUUGCAGAUGUUAUUCUAUAGUUCUCAGGUAGAUAGUGAAGCCGAAGAGGGGGAAAUUGCUUUGAAAAGCUUACAUGAACAUAUGUGUUAUGAAGAAGAACUGCAAAAAAGCUUGGCAAUGAAAAAAGUAAUCUGCUUGAACCACCUACAGAAUCUUCCCCUAGACUCCGUUGGCAGUACCUUAAACGAGGAUUCAACAGACGUGGCCCUGAAUGACCUUGGCCUGAGUGCAAGAGCCAGGCUAUGCCUUCGGGCUGCUGGUGAAUUCGAGGAUCAGAAGAAGAGAAAUCAAAGCCAUAUUGAAAAGUAUGAGGUCAUCAUUGCAAAGGCAUUGAAUGAAAUACAAGCAUACCAGAUUAAUUGUGAAGGGCGCAACAUGAACUACUAUGAUGCCUUUAAACAUCAGAAAGACAGCAAAAUCGACUUUAAGGCCAACAUCAAGAGGAUUGAGCUAUCGGGCAUGUGGGAUGAGAUUAUGGACUUGUUGCAGAAUUAUGAACUUCCAGAUGGAUUUGAGGGCCGCCAAGACUGGAUAAAGCUAGGAACAGAAUUUCGGGAGCUUGUUGAACCAAUAGAUAUUGCCAACUACUACAGACACUUUAAGAAUGAUGACUGUGGUCCAUACAUGAGAAACGGUAGACCAAGACGCUACAGAUUCACCCAGAGAUGGUCUGAACAUGCUUCCAAGACAGAAUUCAGACCGAUCUCCAGCUCUAGUUUCUGGGCUGAGGUGGAGGAGCUUCGAAAUGAGAAAUUUGAAGACAUAAAGGAGAAGCUUGAGCCUCUAGAGAAAGCAUUACAGAUAUGGCAAGACGACGGGAAGUUGUGCAAACAUGUAUUUUCCCAUGGAUCCACAGUUGCUGAGUGGUGGAAAACGCUCCCUGACCAAUAUAGAUCAACAUCUUGCCUUGCUCAGUAUAUGAGCAAUUAGCAAAAUUCCUACUUCCUACCCCCUUACAGAGCUAGAUCAACGAUAAAAUUUCAUAUGUAUGUUCUCUUUGUUUCUAAUUAUGCAAACGCGUUUAUUGAA